GGGGAAGGAAGGCCUCUUCUGCGCCUAUAUAACCCAGCCGUUCCGCUUAUUGAACCAAGUUAAGCCACGUUUUCCGGAGCCUAGAAAACAAGUUCUUGCGCCGGGCCCAGUGGCCGGCAAGCCAACGACAUGAGGAUUCGCCCGAGAUGCGCGGUUGCACUAGUCGUGCUAUUGCAAGCCGUUCUUGUGGCGAGUAAGGCAUUGGAUCAAACUCAGCUGCAGCAACAGUCACAGCAACAAACUCCUUAUGGAGGAGCAGUAGCUCAGAAACGUUACGGUGGUGACGGAGGAGAUUUCGGAGGAUACGACGAUCACGCACAACCGAUAAUAAGUCACGAUGAACAUCACGUGGAAGAACACCACGAGGAAGAACACCAUCACGACGAACAUCAUCACGAUCAUCACGAUCCGGGAUACUGGAAGAAGAAAUUGAUCUGGAAACCGGGCUGGAAGAAAAUCUGGAAACCGGCGCAGAAACAAAUUUGGAAACCGGCGUGGAAGAAGAUAUGGAAACCGAUUUGGGAACCCACGCAAAAGGCCAUUUGGAAGGAGAUACAAGUACCGGCUUGGAAAAAGAUAUGGAAGCCAGUUUGGAAAGAGAUUCAAGUACCGGUUUGGAAGGAGAUACAAGUACCGGCUUGGAAAAAGGUAUGGAAACCAAUUUGGAAACCGAUAAAAGUACCGGCUUGGAAAGAAAUCCAAGUACCCGAUUGGAAGAAGAUUUGGAAACCGGUAUGGAAAGAAAUUCAAGUUCCCGCAUGGAAAGAGAUUCAAGUACCAGCGUGGAAAAAGCUCUGGAUACCGGAGUGGGUCAAGGUCGGAAUUCCGGGCGAACAUUAUCACGGCACCGAUAAUCACGGCUGGCAAUACACGAGCCACGAUCUUUGGAAGAAGAAGUUGAUCUGGAAGCCGAUAUGGAAGAAGUAUUGGAAGCCUGCCAAGAAGCAGAUAUGGAUACCGGACAAAAAACUUGAGUGGAAGGAGGACUGGAAGCAGAUAUGGAAGCCGGCGAAGAAGCAAAUCUGGGUGGACGACAAGAAGUUAGUUUGGAAAGAGGAGUGGAAGCAAAUUUGGAAGCCUGACAAGAAAUUGAUAUGGGUGCCCGACAAAAAACUCGAGUGGAAAGAAGCCUGGAAGCAGAUAUGGAAGACCGACAAGAAGUUGGAGUGGAUCCCGGACAAAAAGCUCGCUUGGAAAGAGGCGUGGAAACAGAUCUGGGUGCCCGAUUGGAAGCAAAUUUGGGUACCGGGUUGGAAGAAGAUUUGGAAACCAGUCUGGAUAUCCGAAUGGUUCCCGAGCGAAGAUCACCACGAUCAUCACCACGGCCACGGGUGGGCCGAUAGAAAGGACUCCGAUUUGCAAUCGGGCAAUCAGCAACAACAAAAACAACAACAGCAACAAUCGCAACUUACCGAUCAGAACAAGGUCAGAUGGGAUCGUUCGUUAUUAACUGCUAAUCAAUCCAAUCAGCAGAGAAACAUCAGCCCCGUUAAUUCCGGCGACCAACAGUACAACGUUCAACAAUCAGGCCUAAAGUUCCCCAGGAGUCGUUGAAAAAAAAAUCGAUUCCCUCUGUACAAAUCAAACACCCCCUAAAACAUAAGCCCACUGUAUAUACACACGUAAUAAUUAAUUAAUUGUUUAGAUGAAAGUUUUAAUUAAGGUACACCACAGCGUUUGCUAAUUGACUGAUGUAGUACCCUAUCUCCAUGAGGGUUUGAUUGUUCGUUUGUUUAAGUUGUGCGUUAUCGCCUUUGUUUUUAUGAUAAUUUUAUCAUUAGUUUUUUUUUUUUUACACAAAAAUUGUUGUUAUCGUUAUUGUUAUAACUGAUUUUAAUGUAGAAUUGUAUUAUUACAAAUAAAAUGAAAGAAAACGAAAA